CAAGUGUGGGGAUGAUUCUUGGUGGCCCAGGGCAGCGAGGAUUGUGAACAAUCUCUCGAAUUCCGAUGAAGAAUUUGCCAAUUUUAUUUAGUUUUUGCCAACUGCGUGCGAGAGCGUGUUAGCAUCAGCUCGGUAUCCUAAUCCUUCGAAAUCUGAAUUCGAAGGGUGUUUUUGAGCCCCACACCUUCAGUUUCUCCCCGGGAAGUUGAACGUUGAUAGUAAAGUCGAAUUGGGGCGUAAGGCAUCAUGGUCGAAGCCCGUAAUGCGCAAUGAGGAGAUGGUGAAGAUUGAGGUGCACAAGCGAGGGAAAGAUUUGAAGCGGAGACGCAGGAAUUACGAAGUUGAGGGAGCGUCGCAGAGAGUAGCUAGUGUGUGAGUGUGUGCAAUGAGUAACGUGAUGCUCGGUUGGCCGGUGCUGACCCUGCACAAGCUUUCCACCAAUCUCAAGCUCAAAUGCCGCCAUGUUUCUGUGCUGGGUACUCGCCAUGUCCAAUUCAUUAGUUACGCCCCCAACUGUUCCAGAGUUUUGUGUAGCGUCGACAGCAGUGCAACCAAGGCUGUCCCGAGCAACCAGCUGGAUACGUUGGUACCUGGCGGCAAGCACUUGCCGCUCACGGACCAAUUGUACAGCUACAUUUUGCGCCACACGCGUGAGCCGCUGAUCUUGCAAAAGUUGCGCGAGGAGAUGGCGGAGUCGCCUGGCAGUAAUAUGCAGAUUCCGCCAGAUCAGGGACAGUUUUUGGCACUACUUGUGCAACUAAUGGGAGCAAGACGGUGCAUCGAAGUUGGUGUGUUUCAUGGGUAUUCCUCUCUAGCUGUAGCCUUGGUGCUUCCAGAAGGAGGUAAGCUUGUGGCUUGUGAUAGGGAUGAAAGGUCCUUAGCUGUAGCAAGACAGUAUUACGAACAUGCAGGCGUUUUACAUAAGGUGGACAUCAGGCAUGGCUUAGCAGCAGACACAUUAAACGACCUGCUGCAAAAUGGUGAAGCUGGCAGUUAUGACUACGCAUUUCUAGAUGCAGAUAAGAUGAUGUACCGUGAGUAUUACGAGUUACUACUCCAGCUGAUUAAACCCAAUGGACUGAUAGUAGUGGAUAACACGCUGUGGUAUGGAAGGACCGCGGAUCCAUUGGUUAACGAUAAGAGAACCAAGUUCCUUCGGGAAUUUAACAAAUUUCUAGCUGAAGAUGAUCGAAUAAAUGUCUCUAUGGUACCAAUUGGCGAUGGGAUGACACUCUGCCGAAAGCAGUGACAACUUAUCUUGCCUGAGUGCUAGCUCUGCCUGCACAAUUGAUUCUCCAAUUCUUUCCCAUUCAAAAACACGUUCCCCAAGUUGAUUGGUGGAGAUGCUCCUUUUACCCAUUUGAAAGAAAUUGUUUACAGUGUUUAGUAGGCUUAAGAGGCCUCGAGUUUGUUCGAGCCUGCUCGUGGUAAAAUUCUCCUUCGACUGACAUUAAAUGUAAAGUGCACCUGAAGGUGGACAGAGAUCAAUAUAAUUUAUUCAGAAAUGGGUUUUACGUAACAUAGCUUGUGUGUUUCUCAAGGAUGGGUCUCAAUAUUAUGGAUACAUGAAAGCAAAUCCCAAAUUUGCUAACGAAGCUGCUUUCAAGUUUCUGGCCAAUUUGAGAUUGUCGGCAUAUGCCUUAAAAUGAGCAGGUUUUCACUCUUGCGCAAGCUCACGCUCAUCAGUCAGAUAGAUCUAGUAAGUUCCUUCGAUUUGAGUUAUUCUCGCAAGCCUCAGCUCCAAUCGAACUUAUGUGUUGUUCUUAAGUUAGAGUUUUUGGCAACGGAUCGUUCUACUAGAGUCCUCUGGCUUCUGUUUGACUCCGGGAAAGUUCAUUCAUCUCAGGUUCGUCAGGCAAUCGACUCCAGCGUACGUGAUGAUUCCAACUCCUAAUGGGAUCACAUGCUCUAUACGUUAACCGUGGAGAAUGCCAUGCGGUGCAAAGUGGUUAUUUGUCAGUACACGAGUUCAAAAAGCAUGGCUCUACGUGUGAUAUCUGUUCUGGCCCAGGCGAUUGUGUACGCAUCUAACAGUUCAGCUUUCCAUCGUCUGUGGUGCUCUUGCUUUGCGCAGGAAUACAAAGUCGAAGUCACACAACCGAAGAGCAUCAAAAACAUCUCUGAAGCCUUCAAACACCUCGACAUCUGGUACAGUACAUUCCAUACCACUGACAUUAGUAUCUCGUUGCAUCUCAAUCUCUGAUUCCAGUUUUGGAGUAGAAACCAGAAUGGCAACAGCAGCAACUAUGAUUUCACUAGUUGAAUUACACUAGUGACUGAUGAGAAACUGCUGCAUCAAUUGAAGUGGUUGUGUAUGGCAGGAGAUAAUUGGUAUUUCCAAUGGGCUUAAGCAUGUUCACCGUUGUGUGCUUGCUUUUCUUUGAA